AUGCAGAAGCCACAGCAGCAGUCAAAUUCGAUAUCGAAUUUGGAACGAAGAAAACGUCUUCGUGAAAAUGAACGAGCCAAAGUCAUAGUUUUAGCAAAAAAGUUGCCGCCGGACGCAAAAACUCGAUUUGGAAAGGAUUUUGUGGAGAAAAUGUGUCAGCUCUUCGAAUCCGAAGAUCCUGGAUCGAUGGAGGCGAUGCAAGAAAUGCAUAACGAGCUUGUUGCUUAUUACAAAGAGCACAAUCUAACUGAAAUGUGGAUAUCGGAUGACGAGAAUGACAGCAAUGAAACGAAAGCUCCGGUGUCCAAAAAACUGCAUCAUGAUUAUGGCAAAGGUUUAACUUGA